AUGGCCGAGCCUCAGGAGGUGCGGGCCUCUUCGCCUCCCCCGCCGCCCCCUUCCUCUCCGUCGUCUUCAGACGCCUCUUCAGCAUCCUCCCCCGGCGUUCCGGUGAGUCUGGGUUGGCCGGUUCCGAGGAGGAGCAGCGGCCGCCCUGUGGACCGGCUGGAGGAAGUGGAGCUGCAGAUCGGAGACGCAGCGUUUUCAUUAACCCAACUUCUUGAAGCUACAUCUGCAGUGUCAGCUCAAGUAGAAGAGCUUGCCUCCAAAUGUACAGAAAAUGCACGUUUCCUUAAAACAUGGCGGGAUCUCUUGAAAGAAGGCUAUGAUUCUUUGAAACCUGACAACUGAUUUGGCAUGAUUAAUUAGUUGUUUAGAUAAUGAUUGUGUAAUAACUCACUUUUCCUCUUAUAUGGUAUUUACACAUGUAGAGGAUAAUCUCUUUCCAGCAGUUGGUAUACUCCGAAUGAAUUUUUUCUUAUUGACUUUUGUGUAAGCAGAAUACUGACGUUAUUUUUGAUACUGGACAGUAUUUGAUUGCCCUUAAAUAUUUUCUGUCCUUUAAACUUCCAUGGAAUUCUUUAUAAAAGUUAAUCUCAUGAGUAGAUCAUUGAUAUUAAUACCACAUUGCUACCAGUAACAAACUAGGUAAACCGUUAUUCAUUUUGCAGGGAGACUCCAAUGGCAGAGAUUGAAGGGACCUUGAAGCUCAGCCUUAUUUUAUGGACCAUAGUAGGAGGUAACUUUGAUUAAGGUUCUUCCAUUAGGCUAGGUUUCCUACAUCCAGUGACUAUGUUUUAUUUAUCUCUAUAUCCCUAGCACCUAGAACAGUGUCAUACAAUACUCACUAAACAUUUUUUGAAUAAAAGAGUUCACAAACACAAUUAAAAGCUAUUUUUUCUUCCUAUUUUUGGCAUGAAGCCUCUAAUUGUUUUCUCUGGUUUAAAAAAAUGUGUGAACCAGAACUUAACUGAUUGGAAGGAAACGUUAAAAAAAAAAACCAACAAAAAGCAAAAAACAGGAAUUUGAACUUUAUUGCUUUUUAAAAUAUAUGUUUUGCCCUUUUAUGAUGAUUUUUCUUAAAGGCCUAUGCUCCAGAAAUUGUCUGGAAAGAAUAUUUUUCUGUAUUUCUGUGGUUAGCUGCUUUUACAGUUAAUAUUUCUGACCUAGGAUAUUUCUAUGUGCUUGCUCACUGUCUUUAAGCACUUUCUGAGAUCUGUGUGUCUGUGCUGUUGCUCUGGGAGCUCUGCAGGUCAUUUGUAUGACAAUUCGGAAGAAGUUACUCUGGGAGCUCUGCAGGUCAUUGGUAUGACAAUUCGGAAGAAGUUACUUUGUCCUCACUGCGUCAGGUUUUAGUGCUUCGGUUAUUUUCCUGUCAGUUGACCUUGGUGACAAUGCUUUAGUUUACUUGCCCUAGAUAUUAUGUUGCUCUUUUUCAUUUGUUUGGGUGUUUUUUUUUUUUUUUUGGUGAUUUGUGUCAGCUGAUUAUCCCACUGUAUAACUUCUGUAGUAUCUUUGAUAAAACCAAACCUGUUGCCAUUGAAUGAAUUGUGACUCCUAGUGAUCCUAUGGGACAGGGUAGAACUGCCCCAUAGGAAUUCCAAGGCUGUAAUCUUUAUGGAAGCCGAGUGCCAUGUUUUUCUCUGAUGGAGCAGCUGCUGGGUUUGAACAGCUGACUCUUUGUUUAGCAGCAGAGCAGUGGGGCUAUGAAAGGGGACAAAUGGAUGGGCAAAGAAUAGUUUUAUUUAGCCUAUUAAGUCACAGUUCUUAUUUUUUAACUUAAAGAUCACACAUGUGAUUUCUAUGUUUACUUCAGUAUUGGAAAUAUAUUUUUCUUCUAUGUCUUAAAAUAGCAAUUUUUAA